UCGACUUAUUAUUUUCAAAACCUGAAUGAGAAAUUUUUAAGGAAUGUCGAGUCAAAACGAGUGGAUAUUGUUUUGGAUAACGCAGGUUUUGAGUUGUUCGCCGAUAUGGUACUGGCGGAUUAUUUGGUUACGAAAUUGAAAGUGGAAAAAGUGGUUUUGCAUGGAAAGGCACAUCCUUGGUUUGUCUCGGAUACGACCAAUGACGAUUUCUCGUGGAUCACUGAAAUGCUACGUGGAAGUCAUAUUGAGGUGUUGAACAAAAUCGGUCAUCGAUGGAACGAUUUGAUGACGAAUGAUAAGUUCGAGUUUCGUGCGCAUGCCUUUUGGACGAUGCCAUUUGCGUAUUGCGAUAUGCGAUCGCAUGCUGGUGAUUUAUACGAGGAUCUCUCGAAAUCAGCGUUGAUCAUUUUCAAAGGUGAUUUGAACUACAGAAAGUUGGUGGGCGAUCGUGAUUGGCCUCUUGAUACUCCUUUUAAGUUUGCCUUACGCGGAUUCGCUCCAGCUCCAUUAGUGGCUCUUCGAACGUUGAAAGCCGAAACGCAAGUUGGUCUGAGUGCGAAGACGAUUGAAAAACUUCAGAAAGAGCACGGCACGAGUAAAGACUGGAUGGUCACCGGAGAUUAUGCAGUUGUUCAGUUCAAUUCUUGA